UAGGGAGGUAUGUCAUCUACCCUUAAGGAACGUGCUACAGUAUCGCUGGAUCGAUGCCUGGGAUAACAGAGUCUUGCCGAUUCGAGCUACAUCACCGAAGAACUGGACUCUCAGCCAUCUUGUCAUGACAUCCCAGAAACCUACUCAUUCACCAACUACAGUGCUCUUGAAUGUCUGUGGCACCGGAAUCCUUCCCCAAUAGGGUUGGUAUCUUAAAGUUGAAUGCAGAGGCACGAUCCUCUAAUGCCGAUUCUGACAUAACCCACCUGACAUUACAAACCCCGAGGAGGCGGAGAGUUCCUUUAACCCGACACUGUCCCCUAGGUGCCAUGUGGAAGCGAUCCCUUCAUGUGCGCGACGUUGCGGUAGCCACACUGCCACGUAUAUCGGCCAAUGCCGAUUCCGACGCAAAGUACGGCUUGCGACCACCUUUUGGUGCUGGUUUCUGGUUUCUGGACAGCUGGGAGUCGUCUAGUCCAUCCUCUGUCAUACGGAUCCUUACCUCUUGUUGCUGUCAUAGUGCAUGUGGAGUGCCGGUACUCACUAGAGUUUCGCGAGUGUAUACACCUUAUAUCAUCACCACACUGUCGCAUCCUUCUCUGGCCCACAGCAUUCAAGCAUUCUCGUAUUUGUAUACAGUGCACCCCCGACGCGACGUUGGUUGCUUUGUACGUUCGCAGCUAAGCCGCCUGCAACGUACUCUAGUAGACCUAGAACACGACUUACUGCUUGAAUGCAUUCAUUCCAUCCUACUGGCCAAUGCCUGCCAGGCUCGAGGCUCUUUGAGCGUUUGACUUCUGCGUGCUGGCCAUCUCGUUAUUUCUUCCUGAUUCUUACUUCAUCUGCCAGAUCUACAGAAGAAAUUCUCAUCACGUACUAUUUCAGUCCUGCUCGCUACUCUUGGGUAGCAUCAGGACUCCUCACCAGCCGCGGUCGGGAACCUCAGUGCAAUUGAAUGUGGAGGCAUGACCUCGGAGGUCUCGUUCUUCGACACUGUUUUGACGCAAAUCAUGGCUUGCGGCUCUGAUUUUUUGUAGGCUCCCGGGUGUCGUCUCACUCCGCCACACAAAUAUUUAUCCGCUAUCGGAUCCCAUCCCUACAGCGU